CUUCAGGUUGCUGCCAAGCAGAAUGAACACCACUGUUUCUACACCAAGUUCGCUUCCUUUGGAAGAGCAGCCUGUGGCACUCCUUUGGGGUUGUGAACUGAACAGCAGUAACAGGAAGUGUGUAGUGAAUGUGGAAGACAACUUGCUGGAACAAAUUGUGUUUCUGAAGUCAGUGUCUCUGGGAGAGGGAGCUGAGGAUGAGCUGCACGUGGUGGCAGUCGAGUCCCAAAACAUGACCAGUUUCCACAAACCUGUGCCCAUUGUAUCACUGCAGAGCUCUGUUUUACCCACGGUCAGCCUGGGCAGCUUUGAAUUCACCCCUCCUGUUGCCUUUGUGCUAAAGUCUGGAACUGGGCCGGUCUAUCUUGUUGGUCAGAACUUGAUCUUGGAAGGUGAUUCUGACUACGAGUCACCGGGAUAUGAUACCCAGACGGAUGAUACCCAGGCGGAGGAUACUCAGACGGAUGUAGACGAUCAGAUGGAUGACAGCCAGACAGCAGAAGAUACUCAGAUGGAUGGUACCCAGGACAAUCUAGAUGAUACCCAGGUGAAUGUAGAGGACAGCGGGAACAGUGCUGGUACUGAGGACUAUCCUGACAGCUCAAUGGAUGUAGAGGACGACUCCAGGCACCGGUGAUGUCCAGUUUCCUAGUUGGAGUACAUAUCCUGUGGACAACAUCUUCCAAACUUCCAGUGGUCCCAUCAGCUGCCAAUGGACAAUUAAAC